CCUAGCUAUAGUCCUUGCGAUAUCCUCUUAGCAGGACGCAUAUGUAGUGGGGAGCAGCCUGCCCAACCCAUUCUCAGUGCGAGGACUUGAGGAGAGAAGCGCUGUACACACCGCGUCGGCUCCUCCGACAGUGCGCAGUCUAUAUUCAGUCCCAACAAGAGACACCUUCAACCAGGUCCCGGACUCUACCUCGGCUACCGUCGAGGCCGUUCUAACAGGACAUGCCUCGAAGAGCGAAUCAUAGAAUAUAGGAACAACGAAGCCAAUAUCUUGCCAAGGAAAAGGUUGACAUCACGUGUGAAUGAUUUGGAGAGGCAGAGGUGACUAAACAAACGGAGCAGAUAAAGAUGUAAACAUUACCAUGUCCUGUCUCCAUCGCCAUCACCACAUACGUUUAGCUUCCCCUUCUUUUUCUGCACAGACGCAGAAUGCGUGGAAUUAUUGAUUAAAAGGGAAGAGGAAUCCAAUGUGGACGGGAGGAGAGGAUGCACUCGCAACACUGACAGUCACGUCAAUUUAGUAGCGGCCCUUCAGAUGAUAACUGUUUAUAUUUGAAGGACAGAAAUGAAAGUCGUCUCCAGGAUAGCGCUGUGAGCGAGUGCAUCCGACCAGGAGUUUGCUGGCGAUCUGCGGGACUGCUGCUCCCCGUAUUUGCGGCCAUGCUGCGGGAAUCAUCCUCCGAGCUCUUCCCGACUUGAGGGGCUUUUACCAGUCGAUUGUUAAAACAGUGCAGUCGUUAAAAUGAUUUCGUUGUCUAGAAGACGGAUAACCCCGAGGCUUUUUUGCAACGUUUGUUUCAUAUUUUGCUAAAAAAAAACCUGCGCAGAGAGAGCUGAUCAUAUUUCACUUAGCUCUUUAGCUCUGACAUUUUUAUCCUAACAAAAUUAUGUGGAAAACAUUUAAUUAUUUAUAGGCUAUGUUCCGCGAAUUGCAUAACAAAAGUUUUGGGUUGUGUCCCGGGUUGAGUGCGUGUCUGUUUGUGUUUAUAGUAGCACACGUAGCAGCCAAUUCGCUCAAGUUUAUUGUGCGAGUUAGACAUUUUAUUCAAAUCUGAACGCAUGUGUUGGAGGUUGUUUCCCCAACUGGUAUUGCACUCUUAACAGCUGGACAGUGCACCAUUCACUAGAGGACAGGUGUGUUGUCCAACUGGUCAGGUGGGGAACGAACCCAGAGGUCCUACCCACUUUAAGGCCUCUUGACUUCGUGUACAAGGUUUUAAUGUUUAGUUAAAAAGACAAAUAUUUUUAUGCAAGUCAGCCUUGCAUGACUGCCUGGGGGAGCAAGUCAUUUCUUACAGCAGAUUCUAACAUCCAAACAUGGGCACCAAACAGACCAAAGGUGUUGGGGGCCAAGAGGCUGGGCCCAGCCCACAGCACGGGUGGAAACGGACCCCUACCAAGGAGAGGGGUGACCUCUUCACCUCCUUCAUGUUGAGGUCAGGGGACCGGCUGAGUCGUGGAGGGUCCCCUCCGCCCUACCAGCGCCGGAUAGGCAUGAUCCAGGAGAUGAUGCUGAUGGCCAAGCAAGGCAAACAGGACAAGGCCACAGAGAUGCUGCAGACACUCCGGCAGGACUUGGGGAUGGAGUCCACGUCUCUGGAUGACGUGCUGUACCGCUACGCCAGCUUCAGGAACCUGGUGGACCCCAUCACCCACGACCUCGUCAUCAGCCUGGCCAGAUACAUCCAGUGCCCCCCCAAGACAGGCCCGGGGGAAGAUUCUCUGGGUGCCAUGGAGAAGGUGUGUCGCCAGCUGACCUAUCACCUGAGCCCACACUCACAGUGGAGAAGGCAGGGCAUACUGAAGAGGAAGCCGCAGGCAUGUCUCAAGGUGAUGCUGUCGACGCCUCCCUCUAACGGGGCGCUGGACCUUUCGGGGAUCCCCUUGACGGUGCGUGACAUGGAGCGCCUGUGUGCCUACCUGCAGCGCCACGCGCCCAUCAUCUGCAGCCUGGAGCUGGGCUUCACCGAGCUCACCGACGACGCCUUCCUCCUCCUCCUGCCCACGCUGGGUGCGCUGCCCCGGCUGGAGACCCUGGCCCUCAACGGCAACCGGCUGACCCGUGCCGUCCUCAAGGAGCUGACGGACAGCCUUAAGGACCCGGCCAGCUUCCCCAGUGUCACGUGGAUCGACCUGGGCAACAACGUGGACAUCUUCUCCCUGCCCCAGCCUUUCCUGGUGAGUCUGAGGAAGCGCUGCCCCAAGCAGGGCAACCUGCCCACCAUCCUGGAGUUUGGUGAGAGCCAGGCCAGCGAGCCCGAGGGGAGGGUGGGGGAUGAUGACGAUGACAGGGAUGACAUCAACAGGACAGAGAGCAUGGAUGAGCUGAGGUCGGAGGUGGAGAUGGACGGAGAGACGGAGAUUGAGGAGAUGAUGGAAGAGUUGUUGGACUUUGACCUGGAGGUGCAGGGGAAGGAGGACGAGAUCGAGGACAGCAUGUGGACAAUGGAAGAGCAGAGGAGGGAGGAGACACGGGGACAGGGAAUUAAGAAGAUGGCGGAGCUAGAGGAGGAAGACACACAGAGUCAGUCUUCCCACUUGUCGUGCUCCAGCCAAUCGCAGCAUUCUUCUGGAGUGGUUGAACUGAUGAAGGAGGAAGAAGGAGAGGAGGGGACUGAUCACUUAGACCCCCUGACCUGAGCAAGAACCCCGGUCCACUCUGCUUGGAACUUCCCCUCCCACGUUUUGUCUAGAAUGAGAAGAGAGCAGUACCAGCAAGCAGUGAACGUUCGUAUAACGUUAGGUAACAUUCUUGGAAUGCAUAGGUAACCGGAAAUUGUUUCCUGGGUUGGACAUCUGGGGGAGGGGCUCUGUCAUCUCAACCGACUGGAAUGGUUCCGGAAUAACCAACCGAUCUGGGUGGACUGUUCGUCCACGGAUGCACAGUUUAGGGAGAUGACAAUCCAGGUUGAAAGCGGACUUUUGUGAUAACUCUUAUUGUUGUUUCAUUAUGAAUUAGGAUUAUAAUCCUCUGUAGUAAAGAGUAAUAGAUAUAUUAUAUAUCAAAUGUAGAAAACAAAUAAACAUUUUCUAAUGUACAUGUGGCUAUGUCAUAUCUGGCACGUAUGAGAUAUUUCGUUCAGGUUUUACUCCCUGCUCACCCUGUCCUAUAGAUGGAUGAAUGCCUAUGUGCCUGUCACUUGUUCCCCUCUUGGUGGAGAGACUGUAUGUCAGAGAGAGAGACAGACAGAUGGCUGACGGAUGGAUGGAUAGACAAACAGACUGGAAUAAAGACAGAAGAAGAGUGGUAAUUCCCUCUGAUACUACAGUACGUCUGUCUCUCUAUCUCUCUGACCAGCACUCUCUUCACCAAUCCGACCUACCCAGUAUUUUUUUUAUGCAUAUGCAUGCUCCAGUGUGUCGAUUUCCGAUGUGAUCUGAGUGCAGCGAGAGUACCUUUUAAACAAGUGCUAUUGGCGGAAAGAAUUGAUGGAAACCAAAAAAAAAGAUUGGUUGUAAGGCGGGUUAAAAGAUGCUGACUAUAAGGCUCAUGAUUGUAAAGCAUGUGAGGGAGGAGUCUGUUACUGUGACGAAAAGCACUGUUUAGGCUAAGGAAAAGGGCAUAGGUGCUACGGUGACAGGCGCUACGGCGACAGGAGCUAUAACAACCCAUCUUCAGCAGCCUCACUUGUUCCCUUUAUCCCUGCCAGUCAUGUCGAGUGCACGUAUCACUUAUAACCGUUGUAUCAACACGUUUAAUGGGAUUUUGUUGUGUGGUUACGACAAUGCCAUCUAACAUGGACUGUCUCUAGGCUACGGCUAUAGAACAUUCCCUCAUUCUCAGUAAAUAUGUAGCUCUCGCACAGCGUAUGUUUCCCCAUUUGUAACAACGGUCUAAUAAAACGCUUUAAGAAUUAGGAUUAUGCGCUUCAUCUCCUUUGUUAAUUGUGUAUGUGAGGUACCUUAUGCCUUUAAGGGUUAUGUGUUUGGGUCCAGAUAUUCAAUGUCAGUUCUCAGAAGUGUAAUUCCUCAAAACUAUUAUCAUCCCCCAAACAGAUAGACAUUUGUGCUGAUAAUGUGGUUACUAUACUGUAAAUGAGAAGAGUGUGUAUUCUGUUCACCCGGGCUACUCCUAUCUGAGACAUGUCUUAUUCAUUCAAGUCUUUCUUAUUUCAGGGAGAGUCCAGUUGAACACAACGUUGUGUGUAUGUGGGCCUGUAGGAGAGGUCAUAGACGAGUUCACUGUCUGUGUUCCACUGUGUCUCCGAUGAAUAUCUCUGUGCGAGUGCUUUGUCUGUCGGGGUGCCGUCUCUUGUGUCUCGGUGGCUGGUUUUGGGAGUACAGACUCAACUGCUUCCUUAGGCCCCCCAGACGGUGUGUAACAGUCACCAGAGACACUGCUAACAGUGAUUAGAAUUGGAAGACGUUUCUCUGGAACUCAGUACAUAUUAUCUGUCAUACUGAGGAGAUGUGAUAAUGCAGUUUCUUUGUAUACUACCUGUAAAACCUUUUAGAACAUCUACUCAUUCAAGUUUAUUUUGUGACUAUUGUCUACAUUGCAGAAUA